UUCCAGUGUCAAAGCUAGCCAGCUGUGCUGCUUAUUUUAGGAAACAAAUAGCUGUAUCAUUUGCACACAGCCUUAUAGGCAGACUCAUGCUCUCCACUCACAUUCUUCAAAAGAAGUGAAGGCGAGAUGAGGAGCUCUUUGCCGUGGGUGGCUUUGGCCGUCUCCCUGGGGUUCGUCCUUGUGGCAGGUUAUCAAUGGGAUGAUGAUGGUGAGGAGCGUGUGCUGGUUAAUAACAAGUGUAAGUGUGUAACGGUGACCUCAAAGUUCGUCCCCUCCAAAGACAAUCCUGAGGAAGAAGUCCUGGAGAGAAACAUACGUAUCAUUGUCCCACUCAAGAGCCGUCAGAACAUCUCUGAUCCCACAUCCCCACUCAGAACCACUUUUGUCUACCGCAUGACUGAACUCUGCAAAAAAUGUGAUCCCAUAGAAAUUGAACUGGGAGGUGAGACGUACCAGGCCCAGCAGAGCAGCUCCUGCAAUGAGCCAGAAACCUGCUACACCUACGACAGGGACAAGUGCUACACCACAACCUUCCCUUUUGUCUACCAUGGAGAAACAAAGCAAAUGCAAGCAGCGCUGACACCAACAUCCUGCUAUGCUGAUUAACUCAAUCCACUGCUAACCUACCACCUCGUGGCACUCUGUUUUCCUAUCAUCAGCCCAUGUACAGCAUUGUAGUACCUGGAUGACAGUGCACAAAAUAUCAGCUCCCAGAAUAACGCAAGCUUGCUUCGUGUCAUUUUUCAAUAUCAAGAGUAUCAUCCCUAAGAGUUACUUGCUGGUUGUCAGAUUCUCUUCUCCUUGUCCUGAUAUGAGCAGAUACUGCAACGCCAUUAUAUGUCUUAGAAUUUAUCAUCAGAUAGAUAGACGAGACCCUCAAGCAGCUAUAAAUCACUAAUUCCUCUGAAACCAAGGGAACAAUGCUAGUUAACAACAACAACAGAGAAUCUUUUUUGACCAUCUUCCAUUAGAGUAAGGCUGUCUUGGACAUCAGAAAUGCCCAUAUAUUUCAAUUGCUUCCUGAACGAUCUAAUGCAAACCUUUGUGCAACCAUUACACAAGACACUCAUUAAUUUAGAAUAAUUUAUGUCAUUACUAAAAUCUAUUGUACAAUCAUAUUUGAGAGAAAAAUGAGGCAUGAGACUGAAUUCGGAUCUCAACUUUUUUUUAAAACUUCUUUUUUUUGUAAUUGAGCAUUCUAUAUCCUUCUAGUGCUACAGCUAUUGUAAGCUUACAGUCCUCGCUUAGAUAUAGAAAGUAGGUGCCAAGAUUAUAUACAUAUAUAUAUAUAUUUUCAAUUCCCACACUUACUCACUGAUAAUGUGUUCCCAGUUCAACUGAGGUUGAACACAAUCAAGCUGGUUUGAAUUUGUUCCUUGUUUUGCAUUUAGAGCUGAAAGAAAAAAAAAAAAAAGAAUCCUAUGAAGCUGCCUCAAUUGCAAGAGCAGAGGCCCCAGUAAAGAGAUUCAUUCCCUUUUCUACAACUGUCUUUUUUUUUCUGUUAGUAUAAGAACCCUCCACCAAAUAAGGGAGCUGAUUCGGUAUUGUCCAUUAUAUUCAAAUGCAUUAUAUCUGGUAUUGCCCAUAGACAUAAUGUAUGUGAGUGCAUAAGGUGUCCAGUGUUGUAUUUGGGAUGGUUAAUGUGUUCCUCAGUGUUGGCAGAAGUUGAUUGCAAAGGCUUAGGCUGAUCUGAAAUGGCCUUACUUGGCUUCACACAUUACUGAAAUGACAAUGAAACAGCAAAAAAAAUAUAUAUAUUUAUAUAUAUACAUAUAAUAGUUUUAGCUUUGUUAAUUCAACAUUAAAUAAACUUCUUUCUGCAGCA